CUACUGAGAACCUCAAUUUAGUCAACCUUGAGGACGCGUGUCAACUUCGCGUAAGAUGGCGAGGAAGAUUAAAGCCAUGAUCUAAGGCAUGGUGCAUGUCAUGGUCGCACCAAUCUUGUGGACGACCAUAACAAUCAAAUUUCUAGAAGUGGUACCAUCCGCCAUUAUGCUGUACGACUAUGUCCUUACUUUGGAGGAAGAGGUCGACUGUAUUUGGAGUAGGCGCAUGUCAGUCGCUUCAGCUAUAUAUCUCAUCACUCGGUACAUUGGGACCGCGCUCAUUUUAUUUUCGACGGCCAUUUAUAUUGUGGAUAAGAGCUCCCCCUCCUCGGGACAGGCAAUUCCAGCAUUUCUCCCCGUUCUCGAGAGCUGGUUUAGCUGCGUGUUGAUUUGGCUUGUGCAAAUAAUUCUCCAAAUGCGGUUGUAUGCCCUUUAUCAUGGCUCAAAGAAGAUUCUCCUCGCCGGACUCUUGGGGUUUGUUGCCGAAAUCAUUGUCACGAUCACCUGCAUGGUACAAAUCACCAAUUUUGAAGUCAGCAAAGUGAUCAACGUUACUAACCAUAUCAUGGCUUAUCCUACUGUAGCCACUAACAUCUACAUCAAUUAUGCUGCUGUCGCGGCUUAUGAAUGCUUGUUAUUUGCCCUCGCAGUCUAUGCAGCCAUUCGACGUUACAAGGAGGAACAUGCUCCCCUUCCGGUGAACUUGAACAAAAUGAAGGAUUUGAGGACGAUUCUUAUAGGUGGAAAUGUAAUUUACUUCCUUGGAACCCUACUCUAUUUCAUUGCCUAUGUGGUGGUGUCAUUGUUACUCCCUACUCAAUGGAUAGUCGCGGUGCCGAGGUUGGGGUCUGCCAUAACUGCAGUCUUCGGAUGUCAUCUUGUCCUGCAUAUCAGAAGUUCGAGGGCUUUUGCAGGGGAUGACUCGGAGGAACGUGAGAGCCACACUCUUGUAGUCUUACGAUCACCCCGCACCGGCACGAUGAUAGACCUACACGGCCUACCACCCUAAUCCGAUGUCUGUCCCGUUUUAUAAUGGUGUAAUUUUAUGUCUCGCCUCUCUGAAAGUCCUAGUGAUCGUUGCCAGCAUUCUCCUU